AUGGGGCACCGGAACCACCACAACCUCAACUUCCUCUGUUCUAGCCUGGGCCUUCUCCUCCUGCUCCUGCCAGGGUGCUUGGGAGCUGAGGGCAGGCUGGCUCAUAAGCUGUUCCGUGACCUCUUUGCCAACUACACAAGUGCCCUGCGACCUGUGGCAGACACAGACCAGACUCUGAAUGUGACCCUGGAGGUGACAUUGUCCCAGAUCAUUGACAUGGAUGAGAGGAACCAAGUGCUGACCCUGUACCUGUGGAUCCGACAGGAGUGGACAGAUGCCUACCUGCAAUGGAACCCGGAUGCCUAUGGUGGUCUGGAUGUCAUCCACAUCCCCAGCAGCCUUGUGUGGCUACCAGAUAUCGUGCUCUAUAACAAGGCAGAUGCGCAACCGCAGGCUUCGGCCAGCACAAACGUGGUCCUGAGACACGAUGGCGCCGUGCGCUGGGACGCCCCAGCCAUCACGCGCAGUUCCUGCCGUGUGGAUGUGUCUGCCUUCCCGUUCGAUGCACAGCGGUGUGGCCUGACUUUCGGUUCUUGGACACACGGCGGGCACCAGCUGGACGUGAGGCCACGUGGCACUGCAGCGAGCCUGGCUGACUUCGUGGACAAUGUAGAGUGGCGCGUGCUGGGCAUGCCGGCGCGCCGGCGCGUCCUCACCUACGGCUGUUGCUCCGAACCUUACCCGGAUGUGACCUUCACGCUACUGCUGCGCCGACGCGCCGCUGCCUACGUCUGCAACUUGCUGCUUCCCUGUGUGCUCAUCUCGCUUUUGGCUCCGCUUGCUUUCCACCUGCCCGCUGACUCGGGUGAGAAGGUGUCUCUCGGUGUCACCGUGCUGCUGGCACUCACCGUCUUCCAGUUGCUGCUGGCCGAGAGCAUGCCACCAGCUGAGAGUGUACCUCUGAUCGGGAAGUACUAUAUGGCUACAAUGACCAUGGUCACAUUCUCAACGGCACUCACCAUCCUCAUCAUGAACCUGCAUUACUGUGGUCCCAGUGCCCGCCCAGUUCCAGCCUGGGCUCGGACCCUCCUGCUGAGACGCUUGGCACAGGGCCUGUGUGUGAGGGAACGGGGGGAACCCUGUGGACAAUUCAGGUCACCUGAGUCACCCCCUGGUCCCCAGUCUCCCGAGGGAGGGGCUGGCCCACUAGCAGGCCCUUGCCAUGAGUUCCGAUGUCUGUGCCACCAAGAAGCCCUACUGCGUCAUGUAGCCACCAUUGCCAACGCCUUCCGUAGCUACCGGGCUACCCAGCGCUGCCAUGAAGACUGGAAACGCUUGGCCCGUGUGAUGGACCGUUUCUUCCUGGGCAUCUUCUUCUCCAUGGCCUUGGUCAUGAGCCUCCUGGUAUUGGUACAGGCCCUGUAA